CCGAAUCAGUAGGCGACAACCAAUGAUACGAGUGCUUAGAAUUCUAAUUUUUCAUCGCAGAAUAACAACCGAUUAAGAAAUGGUUCAUUAGCGUUGCGUGAAAUAUUUGCUGAACUAAUGCUGAUGAAGAUGCAAACGAAAAGUUUCAGGACUCACUCUGAACAUUUCUGCAAGUUCUUGGCACGUUGUCCUGGAACUUUCAUCCACAACCUGUCGAAGAUCCUCGUUGUUCAUGAUUUUUGGUCUCCCUGAGCGCG